UAAACAUUUUCUAUGAGAGGAAAAUAGGGCAAAAACAAACAGCCCCUGAACCAUUUUCACUUCGAAAUCUACACGUUCUUGUAUUCGACAUGGCGCAUCAUCCUCUGGCAGCUUUGAAAGAGGGCCUGGCCAAGCUCAGAAAGCAGUACGAAGAGAGACACAACAUCCUGAAAUCUAAACUUGCGAAGAAGGAGAAAAUAUCCAAUGAAGAUGAGCAGUGGUUGGACAAAGAAGGUAACCUCGUUGAGGAGGAACAGCUGAUAAAUGAUUUGGAAAAUGCAUCAGAGAAACUAGUCAUAAGUGCACCUGAUAUAUGCAGGUCCAAAGCCCAGAGAGCCUGAUCCUACGGCGACUGUAAAAAGUCAGGCUCAAGUACUGGAGAAACCAGUCUUCACAAAAAA